CCACUCCUCUUUGAGGAGCAGGCAAUAACCUAUCGACAUGAAAAAAGCUUGAUUUUCCAGCAAAAAACAUACCAUAGUCUAAUAUGAAGGACUGUGACUUGGGAGAAUCGAGCAAAAAGGUUGUGAGCAGCAUCAUCUCAGUAAACACAGAGGAAAUUAACUCAAAUAUUGCAAACUUUGGGGGGUGGGGUGGGGGGGGGAAGUAGCAUUUCUGUUGUAACAUGAGGCUUUUUGACCUGUUUUUGAAUGCAGGCAUCAUGGUGAGUAAAGAGCCCAGCAAAUGCUUACUCACCGCCUCGGAAAGUGAAGUUGAGCCAGCAGCUUCACUGGCGCUGGAGAUGAAAUACGCCCUGGAUCCCAACCGGCAGAUUAAGAAACGGAACAAAGCUCUCCAGGUGAGAUUUAAAGAUAUCUGUGAGGCCCAGAACGAGCAGAGGGACAAACAGCUGUCCACCGCGCAGGAUCCUGACAAGAGGGAAGCCAAGCCCGUUUCCUACAAAACAGCUUAUCGCAAGUACAUGACAGUGCCUGCCCGGAGGUCGAUACCCAACGUCACCAAGAGCACAGGAGUUCAGACUUCACCCGAUCUCAAAAAGUGUUACCAGACCUUUCCUCUGGACCGGAAAAAGGGGAAUAUUCUUAAAAGCGCCUCGACCGUGGACACCUUUAAGGGUCAAAACAACGGGUUUCUGAUAGACGUUAAGGACAAGGAGGGCAGCAGCUCAGGGGAGGCCGUUCAGUGGAGCAGGAAGGCCGGCAGCCUGCAGACGGCAGAGUUCAUUUCCCACAUCAACGAGCGCGCCUACGGGGGCUCUCGCGACGACGGGGCCGAGGCCUGGCCAAGCGGCGAUUUGCACAGCUCUCCCCAAGAGCCGCCGCCUCUCCCAAACUCGGCCGACGCCGCUUCGGAGGAGCCCACCGUGGUCCAGCCCGGCCGAGGGAGGCCGGUGGCUGGGCGGCCGGGGAGCGAGGAGGCCGCCCAGCCCCUCCACGGGAGGGUCUUCAAGACUGAAGUGGCCACCGUUUAUCUACCGGCGGCCGGUUCAAACGCCUCGCAGCACGACCUGCCAAACCUCACGGCCGAGACCGACUGGUCACCGUGCCCGGCAGCCGAGGAGGACAGAAAGCAGACCGCGCACCUCAACGGGGUUCAGCCCCAGGCGGGAGAUGCUCGAGCCUGCUCGUCGCGGGCGCAGUGCCAAGCCACCGAAUGUAAUGAACAGACCCUUCAGAUAAACGUUUCGCCUAUGGAGGAGACCCAGCCUUGCCAGACGGCCGUCGCGGUGAGCGAGGAAUGCCAACAAAUCGUGCCUCACACAGAAGUUGUGGACUUGAAAGCGCAGCUUCAGAUGAUGGAAAAUUUGAUCAGCUCCAGUCAGGAAACCAUAAAAGUGUUGUUGGGUGUUAUACAGGAGCUAGAGAAAGGAGAAGCUCACAGAGAAGGGCUUUCAUAUCGGACUGGUCAAGACACGGCUAAUUGCGACACAUGCAGGAACAGUGCAUGUAUUAUCUAUAGUGUGGAAUUGGAUUUUAAACAGCAAGAAGAUAAACUACAGCCAGUUUUGAGAAAACUUCAUCCUAUUGAGGAAACUCAGGUUGCACCUUUGCCUUAUUCUCAGGAGAGCUACUCCUCCACUCCCAAGCAAAAAUCCAAAACUGAAUCAAAAAAGCAUGGAAGAUGGAAACUCUGGUUCCUUUAACCCAAGCCCAUGACAUGUGGAGUUCAAGGCCUUCUUUGAAAAAUAUUUGGAGUUCUGUCGAACAUCUAUAAUGGGAUCUUGGUAGGCUGAUCAGUGUUACCGGCCAAUGUAGUUCUGACCGUUCCGGCAGCAUUCAGUUCUCACCGUAUGUACCAAAAAGGCCUUUGUACCGAUAAACUAAUGUCCUGAAGCAAGGUGUUGGAUAAUACCUUGCCAACUUUUAUUUGCAGUUCACCAAUGUGGGAUGUAAAACCUGAAUUGAAAAAUUUGUACAAAGAUGGCAAGUAAAACUAUUCCCCACCCCCUCCUUUAGAUCUGAAAGCGUCACAUUCUAACCUAUUAAAUUGUAGGCUGUCAUCCUGUACACAGCUAAAUAUCACUAUUGUUUUAAAGCCUUUUGGGGGUUUGGUUUAUUGUCUUUAAACAACAACGAGGGGAGGAAAAAAAAAAACAAGCAAGCCUUAUGUUUGCAAUGGUCUUCAGUUUUACAAAUCCAUGUUGAUCGGGGAGUGCAGUUUUCAGCACAUAUAUCCUGGACAAAGCACAAUUUUUCAUGUGGUCCAAGACCAUGAAUAAUCUCUAAGAUGUGACUAUGUGUAUAUUUGCCUUCAUGUGAUGUAGACUUCAACCAAGCUAUCACAUUUCAACAGCGCACCAUCAUUUCUAAUUUAGAAUUUAGCUAUGUCCUCAUCACCAGACGAACAAGUUUGCUGCUCAUCUUCAACUGGUGAGCAGCUAGAAACCUCCCAAAGUCAGGACAAGCCUUUGAACACAUCACACUGACAGGGUCAAGGCUACAGGACAAUCAUCUGUCCUGGAUCUCACUUUUAGUCUUUUGGUACCCAAAAGAUCUAAAUGGCAUAAUCUGGCACAGAAAAAACAAAACAAAACAAAACAAACCACCCUACAAACAGAAUAA